GAGUCUCAAUUCUUUCGGAUGGCCCUCCAAAUUCGAAAAGCAGUACUCUUCUCUCCCUCCAAAACCCUAAUCCUAAACCCCAGAACCAAACACUCUUUCUCGAAGCUCCUGCCUCCACCAAAUACUGCACCCACCUAUCUCUUCGGGACUCUCUUCAGACCCUUUGCACCCAAACCCAUAAUUACUGUUCCUAUUUCUGCAAAUGGGUUUGGUGGAUUAUUUUACCAGAGUAACCGCAGCUUUUGUGGUGGGGAUGUAGCGAUGGCUGCACCUGGGUCGGUCCAGAAAUCGGACGAGGAGUGGCAGAUCAUCCUCUCGCCCGGGCAGUAUCGGGUUCUGCGGCAAAAGGUCAGAGAGACUGCACGCAGCGGAGAAUAUACCGAUUGGUUCCGUUUUGAUGGAGUUUAUCAAUGUGUAGGAUGUGGAAACCCUCUCUAUAGUUCCACAGCCAAAUUCGUUGCUAAAACUGGUUGGCCGGCUUUCUAUGAAGGUCUCCCUGGAGCCAUAACUCGCAAUAUGGACCCAGAUGGGGUGAGGACGGAGAUCGCAUGUGCAGCUUGUGGUGGGCAUCUAGGCCAUGUUUUUAAAGGUGAAGGUUUUCAGACACCCACGGAUGAACACCAUUGUGUCAGUAGUAUCACACUUAAAUUCAUUCCAGCAAAUCCUGACCGUUUCCAGGAAAUGUUCCCAUAUUGGAGUCCAUAGAACGUUCCUUCAUAUGUAUCUUAGGUUCGUUGGUUUCAACGGAAAAUGUUGUUAAACUCCUUCAGUUUGAUAUUUCUUAAUGAGAUUUCGACAAGUUUCUUUUUCCUAAAAAAGAAAAAGAAAAAGAGUUCUGUUAGUUUCAAUGGAAAAUGUUUUUAAUUUUCACGGAAAUAGCGGAAAACAUUUUCUUAAAAAAAGAUUUCUUGUAAAACA